UACCGAAUUAAUUUUCAAAAAGCAACAUCUUGCCAGGCAAGUGGAGCAAGAGAUGAGGGCUAGCGCAUGCGUGAGUGCGCGGGGAUGAACGGGCCCGCGCGCGCUGUGUUACUGGCAAGCGCACGCGCAUGGUGCCCCGAGACGCAGAAGCCCAGAAGCGCAUGCGCCAGGCAUGCCCAGGAUCCACCGCGGCUUAUCUAUCUCUCGAUCGUCGAUCGUGUGCGCGCUCUUUUCUGGAGCUCGUGCUAUCCUCACGAACUCGAGCUUUGCUGCCUCAGACUUUCUUUUCUGGGAGUUUUCAGUUACCCAGUAGCCAAAGCCUCUUCAGUUCUCUGAGCCAUGGCCUCAAACGACGCUGUCUACAUCACCACAGAAAAUUCGGAGAUUACUUCAGAGACUGUGCAGCUCGACCCUGUGGACCUGGCGGAGGCCGUCCCUGCGGAGACCAUGGCCUUGGACACCAUUCAGUACGAGAAUACCGACGGCAGCUGGAUCCAUGGUGGCCACCACCAUUCGCCUCUGCUCGUGCUGCAGCCGCUGGUUAUUACCCCCGAAGGGGGCGACGACCAGGAACUUAUUAUGGUGCAGACACAGGAAGAAGUGGUGGGCUGCUACGAGUCAGACGACCACCUCGAGAGCCAGGUUUUCAUCCCGAAAGUAGAAGACACCUUUCAUCAGACCCUGGCGUCCUUCGCAGCCUCCGGGUCGUCAUCCACCUACAGCCACAGCCACAAGCGCCGUAACCGAAAGUCCAGUGGUAAAAAGAGUUACAGCAGCAGCGAGGCCGAGGCGGGAAGCGGUGGUUCUGAGGAGGGCAGCAGUCAGUGGGUGCAGAAGAAGCACGUGCAGAUCCAAAACCUGGGGGGUGAGUUUUCCAUCAGAAUGUGGUCCCCAGGCAGUAAAAGUGACCGUGAGGCAGGAGGACAGGUUGAGGUCAAUGCAGCUCCUGGUUAUUCGGGGUACAUGACAGGAAAGAAACUUCCUACUGUAGGAACCCCUGGCGUUAACCGCUCAGAUCCCGAGCAGCUGGCAGAAUUUGCUACACGUAAGCAAGAAAAACCCAAAGAUGAUAAUCCGAGACCAGUAGCUUGCCCUCAUAAAGGCUGCUCAAAGGCGUUCAGGGAUAUCAGUGCUAUGAAAAAGCAUCUGCAUACCCACGGUCCCAGGGUUCAUGUAUGUGCAGAAUGUGGCAAAGCUUUCCUUGAGUCCUCAAAACUAAAACGGCAUCAACUGGUGCACACCGGAGAGAAGCCCUAUCAGUGCACCUUCGAAGGCUGCGGAAAACGCUUUUCCCUAGAUUUCAAUUUGCGUACCCAUUUGCGAAUCCAUACCGGGGAUAGGCCCUUCAUGUGCCCCUUCCAUGGUUGUGGUAGGAGAUUUACUCAGUCAACUAACCUUAAAACGCAUAUGUUAACACAUAAUAAGAACAAAAAUAGCCAGUAAAAAGGAGAGAAGACCCUUUUCAAACUAGGGAAGGUUCUUCCAGGAGUGUAAUUUGAAGUGAAUAUGCCCCAUUCUUGUAUAUUGUUUCUAGGAAAGAAUUUUUUUGAUUUCUACAUAUCUAAAGGGUCAUGUUUUGGUAGAGUAGUAAAAAUAAAAU